AUGGGUGUGGUGGGAGAUGGUGUAACGGGUUCUGGUAUUGGUGAGGACGAAAAGACUUUACAAAGAGAGCUUCAUGAGACAUCAGCUAUUGGCAUCGAGUGUAUGAAUGCAUUUUCUUCUUUUAUUCAGCUUAAGGUAGCAAAUCUAGCUAAUACUACUUUGAUUUAG